GGUUUAGUGUUAGAAAUGGCUGAUAUUGAGGAAUUAGAAAAGAAGCCAUUAUCCACUGAUGUACAGGGUCAAAGCUACAAGUCAGUAAGAAGUGUGGUGGCUAUACAGGCUCGUGUGGUGGGGGAUGAAAGAGCUGAGAUCAUUCAAAAGAAUGCACUAAAGAGAAAAGAACACGCCACAACUGAUUUUGAAACUCUCAUUCAUUUAUUAAAAGGUAACAUUGGUACAGGACUGCUUGCUCUGCCUAUGGCAACCAAAGGAGCUGGAUACAUUCUAGGCCCAUUAGGUAUAUUGCUGUUAGGACUAAUAGCAAUGCACUGUAUGGUACUCCUGGUUGAUUGUGCUAACAGACUCUGUAACAUUUAUGAAGUGCCUACACUGGAUUAUUCAGAGACGAUGCAGUUUGCCAUCAAAAGGAAAGGAGGCAGUCCCAAAAUAUCAAGAGCUGGAAAAUAUAUUGUUAAUAUCUUUCUUAUGGUUACUCAGUUUGGAUUCUGCUCUGUUUAUCUUGUCUUUGUUGGACAGUCUGUUCAAGAAAUAGUUCAAGAGACAUAUUGUAUCCAUUAUGACAAGAGGAUAUGGAUUCUAAUCAUAUUAAUACCAGUUAUCCUGCUCAGUUGGAUAAGGAAUCUGGACCAUCUCUCCUCUCUCUCUAUGCUGGCUAACCUCUGCAUCCUUUUUGGACUGGCUGUCAUUAUUUAUGACGAGAUUUCACAGCUUGUUAACGGCCGAGCUGAAGUUGUUCAGCCACACCCACAAUUGGAUAGUUUCGGUACUGCUGAGAAGUUGGCGUUGUUCUUUGGGAAUGCUUUGUUUUCGUAUGAAGCCAUAGGAGUGGUGAGUACCUUAAUUAUUGGCAUUAUUAAUGGCCGUAACUCGAAAAAUUGA